AUGGAAAAUAGAGACACGAAUAAGUCGCCGUCUGCAUUGGCACAAGUUGCUCGCACACUACAAAUGAUAAUAGCGCGGACUACCUUUUUUCCCCGCACCCUCGAGUUUUCGAUUGAAAACCGCUCUAAACUAACGGUAUUUGUCUUCUUAUUAGGCUAUCUGGCGCAUGGAAUUCUCGUCAGAGAUCCCAAAAAGCUGCAUCAAAACUACAUGUUGAAAGCGACUUUCAAAAUAGACUGCCCUUCAAUUCUUCCACUAGACCUCUUCUACUUUGUUGGAGGAAUCAACAUGGUUGCACUGAGGCUGCCGCGCAUGCUUCGUCUGCAUCGUCUCUUGGAGCUAAGGAGCACUACAGAAACCCUCUCCCGUCUCCCAAAUUUUUUACGCCUGUGUUUUUUGGUUGUUAUGGUUUUGCUCAUCUUCCACUGGAAUGCGUGUUUUUAUUAUAUAUUGUCAAGAUGGAUUGGUUGGGUCUACCCGAAACUUACAAAACCGGGCUUCGAUUCUCUAGCGCGACAGUAUCUCUUCAGCUUGAAUUGGUCGUCAAGAAUGCUUACAACUGGAGAAACUGAAAACCCACCCCAGACUAACGUAGAGCUCCUGUUUGUAACUGUCGACCUCACCGUCGGAUUUCUUGUUUUCGCCGCCAUAGUAGGUCAAUUUGGAAGUAUGAUAACACACAUGUUACUGGUGCGAAGGGAAUUCCUUGGACAAGCCGAAGCUCUGAAGCAGUAUUUAGUUUUUCACGGAAUAGGUGACGAUUUACAAAGACGAGUCGUUGCUUGGUUUAAUUACAUGUGGGUAACGAAGAAGUCGUGCUUUGAUAGCGAUAACGUCCUUUGCAAACAUCCCCACCCGCUUAGAACUGAAAUAGCCGUGCAAGUGCAUUUGGAAACGUUAAAAAGAGUACAAAUUUUCGCCGACGUUGAGCCUGGUUUACUGAAGGAAAUCGUUUUGAAACUUCGCUUGCAAGUUUAUUCUCCUGGCGAUUACAUCUGCAAAAAAGGCGAGCCGGGAAAAGAGAUGUACAUAGUGAGCAGCGGUCGACUGCAAGUUAUGCAGGACGAUUCUGAGACCGUAAUCGCUACUCUGCACGACGGAAGCUACUUUGGCGAGAUAAGUAUUCUGAAUUUAUCAAAUACUGGAAAUCGACGGACUGCGAACGUUCGGUCCGAGGGAUAUUCAGAACUACUGUGCCUGUCAAAGGAAGAUUUACUCGAGGCAUUGACCGAGUAUCCCGAGGCUAGAAAAUUGCUUGAGAUAUGCGGGAGAAGGUUCCUCCAGAGAUCUCGAUAA